AUGAGAUGUCAGAAGAGAAAAAUCAGAUGUGAUGGAGCACUUCCUGUGUGCAGUAACUGCAGGAGUGCGGGUGCUACCUGUACAGACGGCGCAAGUGCUCGUAUCCGGGGACUGCCUCGGGCGCACAUUACGGGUCUACAGAAACGAGUGGCAUGGCUAGAGUCCAUCAUCAGGUCGAGAUGUCCUGACGUUGAUCUAUCGCGAGAUACGCCAGAUAUAGUGUGUGAAACUGAGGCUGUCUCUGCCAGGCCAUUAAGUCCUCAUCUGGCCAAUGGCCAAGGUGUACCAGAAAUACCCUUAGGAGGACAUUCUUCCCGGGAAAACACCUCUGAAAGACCUUUGCUAAGGCAGAAUCCCUCUGGAGUGAUAUCUCUUGAGCAAACAGCCCCAGGAUCAAGGCAAAGUGAUCUUGGUCAGGAAACUGAAGGAUGGGCCACUUCUACACAUCAAAUCGGGCUAAUUGCGCUUGGCAGUGGUCAGGAUCCUCGCUAUAUUGGCCCUUCAAGUGGCUACUUCCUUGCUCGUGUGCUGCUACAGUCGUCGGAGCAAGUCGGUAAUACUGAUACUAGAGAAAAUCUCACCCAGAGCACUAAGUCGCCAUUCCCCUGCGAACUUGUGGAAUCAAUGCUGGGGCCGCUUCCUAUGCCUUCGAAAGAGAGCGCCAAGUACCUUUCAGCAAGCUAUUUUGACCUUAUUCAUAUUCAGUUCCCCAUAUUACAUCAGCCGACUUUCAUGGUGAUGCUUGAUCAGAUGUACACGCCAAUGGAUCCGGAUCCGGUGGUGGCUUUCCAAGUCUUUAUGGUCUUGGCUAUUGGCGCCUCUGCAUCGUCGCGUCGUUCGCGGCCGGGUAUUCUUGGUGAUUCUUAUGGAAUCACAGCCAUGAAACACUUCGACCAGAUCAACGUUCAAAACUCGUUACAGGGCUUGCAGUGUUUACUGCUCAUGUCUAUUUAUGCCAUGCAUAACCCUUCUGCACGCUUCAAUAUUUGGUAUCUCAAUUAUCAAUGCAUAGCGGCUCUGUUGGACUUGGGCCUACAGAGGAAAAUCGACAUAGCAUCUAAUAUAUCGUUAUAUGAGCAAGAGAUGAGGACUAGACUGUUUUGGUCAGUAUAUACCCUGGACAGGACCAUUGCAACUACGAUGGGACGACCAAUUGGUCUUAGAGACGAAGCAUGCGAGCUGCGGCUUCCUCAAAAUAUCUCUGAUAUCGCUCUGAUGGCACCUGGCCAGGAAAAACAGACUCCUUCGACCGACAUCAAUCAUAUGAGUGUCUCUAUACACCUAUUUGCACUUGCUAGGAUCAACUCGGAGAUCAAAUACGUGGCCAACAGCAUUAACAGAGCGGCCCCUCCAUAUGCACUUCCUGUGGUUGCCGACAUCCACGAAUGGCAGAAUGGUAUUCUUGAAAGUCUCGAUUCCUGGGUGAACAGAAUUCCUGAUUUUGGACUUGAUAAAGAUUACGUACGAAUUCUGUGUCAGAUUCGGUAUCACAUUGUACGAAUGCUCGCGACAAGCCCUAGUCCAGCGAUACCGAAGCCUUCGACUGAGAUCCUGACACAAUGCUACAACAGUGCUACCACCAUCAUUCGGCUAUACGACCAACUUCAAAAACAGGAUAACUUAUUGAUUAGUUCGACGAUACUCCAUGCAAUUACGUUGAGCGCAAUAUCCAUGAUGUAUUGCACAAGGGCAGUGCCGAGUAUCGCGAAGAAUACGACGUUGGACGUGCUCAUGAGCGACAUCUCCAUCUGUCAGAUAUUACUCAGCGCAAUUGGCGAACAUUGGUCUGGCGCCAAACGUUGCAGAGUAAUCAUCGACGAGCUGGGACGAUCGACGGUUCGUUGGGUGAAGAAUCAGCAGGCCGGCCAUAGCGCAGCUGACGAUAUUUCAACGACGGUGCCUACUUCAAUACAUUCGUUGGCCAACUCAGACACUUUCAGCAUGCCUCCUAUCGAGAUACAAAAUCGAGCACCUCUGAUUUCAGGAGUCCAGGACCCUUUCGACCCCCAGAAUGCGCUGGACCCAUUCGCAGCGUUUCUGGGAGACAACAUAUUUAGCGAGCUUGCAGACACUCAGUGGAUGGGCUAUGUAUUCGAUGAUCCUCUGCCGUCAACUCAGCGGUUUCCUUAG